CUGCCCUCUGCAGGUGCGCGGCGCGGGCGGGGCGCGGGGCGGGCGCAAUCGGGCGUGGCUUAGGACCCGGGGCGGCUUCCCCGAGCGACAGUGGAACUCCGGAGUUGCGCUGGACCUUGGCCCUGACGGUCAGAGCUCCCGGCGCGAUCCCGCCAGCUGUCCUCCCAACGCCUCCGGCCGCUGCCCUCCGCCGCCACCCGCUGCCCUCCGCGCCGGCAUGACGGGCUCGCUGUUCAAGGCAAACUUCUGGAGCACGGACAUUCUCAGCACGGUUGGCUACGACUGUAUCAUCCAGCAUUUGAACAACGGCCGCAAGAACUGCAAGGAAUUUGAAGAGUUUUUAAAGGAAAGGGCAUCAAUUGAAGAGAAGUAUGGCAAAGACCUGCUGAGUCUCUCCAGGAAGAAGCCAUGUGGACAGUCUGAGAUCAAUACCUUGAAGAGAGCCCUUGACGUCUUCAAGCAGCAGGUAGACAAUGUGGCCCAGUGUCACAUCCAGCUUGCACAGACUCUCAGAGAAGAGGCCAGGAAGAUGGAAGAAUUCAGGGAAAAGCAAAAGCUGCAGCGGAAAAAGACAGAAACUAUAAUGGAUGCUGCCCACAAACAGAGGAGCUCACAGUUCAAGAAAGCCAUGGAUGCCAAGAAGAAUUACGAGCAGAAGUGUCGGGACAAGGACGAGGCGGAGCAGGCUGUCCACCGCAGUGCCAACGUGGCCAACCCAAGGCAACAAGAAAAGCUUUUUGUGAAACUGGCAACUUCAAAGAGCGCAGUAGAGGAUUCAGACAAAGCAUACAUGCUGCACAUCAACAUGCUGGAGAAGGUCCGGGAAGAUUGGCAGAGCGAGCACGUUAAGGCCUGUGAGGUGUUUGAGGCCCAAGAAUGUGAGCGAAUCAACUUCUUCCGGAAUGCACUGUGGUUACAUGUGAAUCAGCUGUCACAGCAGUGUGUCACAAACGAUGAAAUGUACGAACAAGUCCGUAAGAGUCUGGAAAUGUGCAGCAUUGAGAAGGACAUCCAGUAUUUUGUGAACCAGCGUAAAACUGGACAGACCCCACCAGCCCCCAUCAUGUAUGAGAAUUUCUACUCUCCUCAGCGGAGUGCAGCUCCACCGGGAAAGACUUCAGGGCCUAACAUAGCAAGGAGAGGACCUCUCCCAGUUCCUAAACGUUUACCAAGUGAUCCUGACUACUCUUUGGUGGAGGACUACACUUUGCUGUAUCAGUAGCACAAUGGGGAAAAGAAAACUUCUCUCAGUUACUGCUUCUAUGACGUGAGAAGAGGCCCCGAGAGCCGCACAAUCUAACCAAAUCGUGUCAAUCAUGAAGACUUCGAUGGGAACCCUUGCUGAAAAAUUUUUGACAUUUUUAAAUUUAUAGUAGACAUUUGACUCAACCUAGCCAAGUAGAGGUCUGCAUAGUUCUUUUUCUUCUUCAUUUUUUUUCUUUUCAGAAAGUUUACAUAGUGCCCUGGGAGGAAGAAUUAUUAUUCCCCGGCUAGUUACUAAGGUUAUGGGUGGUAUUUCCUGCCUGGGAAAGCAAGGCCACUCUGGAUUCAGAGUGUUGGCUUGGGCAGGCAGGCAGGGCUGCAGAAGAUGGUGUCAGCUGCCGAAGCUGCUCCUUGGGCUGUGGGAAGUAGGGCCAUGGAAACAGUGACGCCCUCUCUCAGUGGUGCAAUAUUUAAGGCCACCUUUGUUUUUGCCUGGAAGACUUAGACACGUCUGAGUGGACUUGCUCAUUUUACAGAUGGAGAGCAAGACCCAACAGGGUGAGGUCAGUUUCCUUACAUUUCUGACAGCCAAAGAGAGGAGACAGAACCAGACCUAGCAUAUGUGUGUGUUCUACAGUACUAGUCUUCCAGCCCUUUGUGAGCCCGCCAUGCUCGUGCUCAAGUUAUAGAAGGGCUGGCGAGUUGGGUCAGGGAGUAAAGGUGCUUGUGCAAGCCCGAGGACCUGGGCUCCAUCACUGGAACUCACACAAAGGUGGGAGGAGACAACCCAGUCCACAGCUGGCCUCUGGCCUGCACACAUGUGCUGUGAGGCACACACAGACCUGUGAUUGACAUGCGUGCAUUCUAGCCUGCACACAUGCUGUAGCACACACAGAGCUGUGGUUGACAUGCAUGCACACAUGCUGAGCACAGAGCUGUGGUCGACAUGCAUGCACUCUAGCCUGCGCACGUGCUGUAGCACACACAGAGCUUUGAUUGACAUGUGUGUACACACAUCCCUUGCCAUGCCCUGGAACAUUUAAAGAGGCAUUCGUUAUUUGGUUCUCCCUUUGUGAACUCACUCACCACUUAUCACACCCGAGAAAGUGGCACACUUCAGUUAUGACAAAGUACGUUAGCGCUGUUUCUUACGGGGCAUGUUGUAAAUGUCCGUGUCACUGCAAAGAACAGACACGUUCCUCUCCUUCGUUCAGUAGCUUUUCUGGGACUUUGAACAAAUUGAUUAAAAUAGGGUUGAAAGCUGGGCUUGGUGGUGCCUUCCUGUGAUCACUGCAUGCUGGAAGCUGAGGCAGGAGGAUUGUGAGUGUAAGACUGGCCUGGGUACGUAGUGAGAACCCAUCUCCACCCCUCCCCCACCAAAGGAUCGAUUAUUUCCCCUCUUUCAGUAUAAGAUGCUCCCAGCCUCAGCAACUUCUUGUCAUGACAGGAAAUUUGCACCAGCUGGACAUCCUUUUGAGAAACUCAGGUUUGCAAAGGCCCACCGACUUCCCCAAAUGGGAAAGCCUCAGGAAAUUGUCAUUGCACAUAGCAAUUCUGUUUUUAAGUAUAUUAUUUAUUGUUGCCAAGUCCUCAAUGAUUUGUGUUUUCUACCAAUCAGCAUAAUUGAUGUAAACAUGUUUCAUGAGUGUAAAAUAAUAUUUUUAUUUUAUUGCCCCCCCCCCCGCUUGACAUGAAGUAAAAUAAAAGUUCCUGAUGAUUUGGGAUUUAA